AAGAAAGGCUUGGGCAGGGUUUUAGCAAAAGAAGAGGAAGGCCCCCAAUUGGCACCGUCAUCAACCUUAUUUUCUUUUUCGGAGACUGUAGGGUUUAUACCAUCGCUCUUAACACUUGGUUUACCAGUGUUCGCAACCAGAACAACAAUGAAGGUCAAAGUAAUCUCUCGUUCCACAGACGAAUUCACUCGAGAACGAAGCCAAGAUCUUCAGAGGGUAUUCCGUAAUUUCGACCCCAACAUCCGAAGCCAAGAGAAAGCUGUCGAGUAUGUUCGGGCUCUCAACGCCGCCAAAUUGGAGAAGAUAUUUGCGAGGCCGUUUAUUGGAGCAAUGGAUGGGCACAUGGAUGCUAUUUCGUGCAUGACUAAGAAUCCAAACCACUUGAAAGGAAUUUUUUCGGGCUCAAUGGAUGGAGAGAUUCGUCUUUGGGAUUUAGCUUCAAGGAAAACAGUUUGCAAGUUUCCUGGUCACCAAGGAGCCGUAAAAGGUCUAGCCGCAUCUACAGAUGGACGCCUCCUUGUUUCUUGUGGCACUGAUUGCACUGUCAGGCUUUGGAAUGUCCCUUCUUCUGAUGUUAUGGAAUCAAACGACUCAACUGAUAAAUCUGCUCAGGCCCUGGAAGAGUAUGUUUGGAAGAAUGCAUUUUGGGCUGUUGAUCACCAGUGGAAUGGUGAUCGUUUUGCCACUGCUGGAGCGGGAGUACACAUAUGGAAUCAUAAUAAGUCAGUACCAGAAAAGACAUUUGAAUGGGGUACAGACACGGUGAUAUCAGUUCGAUUCAAUCCUGGAGAGCCAAAUGUCUUAGCAACAACUGCAACUGACCGCAGUAUUGUACUGUAUGACUUGCGGAUGUCAUCAGAAGUAACAAAGAUAAUAAUGAGGACAAGAACCAAUUCUAUUGCUUGGAAUCCUAUGGAGCCAAUAAAUUUCACUGCCGCGAAUGAAGACUGCAACUGCUAUAGUUAUGAUGCUAGAAAGCUGAGUGAAGCUAAGUGUGUUCAUAAAGAUCAUGUUUCUGCAGUGAUGGAUAUUGACUAUUCUCCAACUGGUCGGGAAUUUGUAACUGGUUCUUAUGAUAGAACAGUAAGAAUUUUCCCAUUUAAUGGUGGUCACAGCCGGGAAAUUUAUCACACAAAGAGAAUGCAAAGGGUGUUUUCUGUUAAAUUCAGCUGCGAUGGAACUUAUGUUAUUUCUGGUAGUGAUGACACCAACCUUAGACUUUGGAAGGCUAAAGCAUCAGAACAAUUGGGAGUUCUUCUUCCGAGGGAACAGAAAAAGCACGAGUAUCACGAGGCUGUCAAGAACCGCUACAAGCACCUACCCGAUGUCAAGCGAAUUGUGAGACACAGGCAUUUACCCAAACCAAUAUACAAGGCCACUAAUCUCAGGCGCACCAUGACAGAUGCUGAAAGAAGAAAAGAAGAGAGGAGGAAGGCACACAGUACCCCUGGAAGUAUUACCACAGAACCCUUGCGUAAAAAGAGAAUCAUAAAAGUAGUCGAGUAGCGAACAAAAGAGUGGUCGUUUUGGGGCGUCUUGGUCACAGAAAAGAAGAGAUAAGCCCAUUUUCACUGCUAAUUGAGUGAAGACAUUGCAGCAGCAGCAGUAGGAAAGCAGUAAAAGGAGUAAGAACCUGGCUUUGUUGCAGAUGCUAGCAGAGAACGUACAAGGGUCUUGUAUGGCCCCAGGAAUCCCAAUUUUGUAGUUUGAACUUAAAAUUACUCUGUUUAUGAUCAUUUGUUGGAAUGAUGGUAUCUCUAAUUAAUUAUAGUUUUGUAUUCGAGUUUUCUGAAAAGACUGGGUGUUAACCAAAUAUAUGGCAUGAUUCUUUUAAAUCCAA